AUCGAAUGGAUACCCUGCAUGAAUCAAGUGAAAUGGCUUCAGCCCUUUCGGUCAUGCUACUCACUCAAGGUGGUUUAAUGUGAACUACAGGUAAUGCAAGGGAAGGUUAGGAUCCUACAAUGGGCACUAAGUAACCACCAUCUCAUGGGGAGCUUUGAAUACACCAAUGAGCCUAGUCAUCCCAUAGAUUCGACGAAGCUUGUUCGUGAGAUUUUACUUGCGUUCAUGAAGGGGAAGGGGAGGAAGCUGCCCGCUACAUACCGGCUACAACACACUACACAACCCGUCAAUAAGCGUUUCAGUGAGUUCUGUGACGUUCUUCGUGAGUACAUACACAUGCUCACAGGAAGUGCUCCGUCUAUCGAGGAGAUAAAGGGUGGUCAGACGGCAAUAUUCUACGAGAGUAACGAGUGAGAGACUCGCAAACGUAUAUCCAUCCGAUGAAGACUUUGUGAAGCCCGAUGAGAGCCAAUAAACACGCACUUCGGACGUACGGUCCUCAAGUUGUCCAUUAACGGCAAAGGGCUUCAUACUUUCGAAUUAAAUAAGGCUGAAAAAGCU